AAAUUUUGAAAAAGUGUGCUUUGAAUUAAAGAAAAAAAUUUUGAUAAACAAAAACUUUUGGCUGUGUAUUGGAUAAAAUCAAGUUUCUUUAUUUUGGAUAUUUUUAAUUAAAAUUCACUGUUUUUAAAUGGUCAAAAUGUCUAAAUCCAAAUGGCAAGCGCGUCACGAUAAAAUCAGAGAGUCAUUUGGCUUGCCCAAACUCAGAAGAAAUAGCGAGGAACCACAACCACCAGAAUCGAGAUCAGAGAAUCGGUCAGAGCACAGUACGUCAGGCCCCACACAGUCUGAUCCAGAUAUGGAGACGGAAUUGGGUCCGUAUUAUUUAGAUGGAGACAUGCCGAGUUACAAUUUUAUUGGUAAAUUGGCCAGACAAUGUUUGGUAAAUGGUUAUAAAUUGGGCACUUGGCGUUUCGACUGCACUUCUGAGCUGGGCGAAGAUUUCAAAUUGUAUAGUUUCGGGGCCGGAAAACCCAAUUCUAAAUCUGUUGUGGGAGGUUUUGAAUUUAGCGAACGGUUGGGUAUGUUCCAGUUGUCGCAGGCGUUCAGAACCGACGGCCUAUUUGGUACGCUCGGUAUGCGUAGUGAAAUUUUCGGCGGUUUGGGGUUGUCCAUGCUGCGGGCCAUUUACAAUCACGACGAGGAGAACAAAGACGAUAGGCUGACGCUUGAGGUGCAGGCCGCUUUGGAGUUUGAUCCAUUCAAGAUUGAACUGAUUGCACCCCUUAUAAAUGGCUCGAUGGUGUCGGGCUAUACCUAUUAUGAGCAUCCGUCCGAAAUAUUUAUAUGUUCCGUGGGAGCGGUUGUCGAUGUUCCUAAAUUGGAGGUGAAUUGGCAUGAACUUGGUGUGGGGAUUCGAAGUGAACAAGAUUACACAGAAAUUGGUCUAAAGCUAGAGAACUUCAAGAAUAUUAAAGGAUCAAUAUUCCAGCGCAUAAGUGAGAACAUUGUGCUGGCUGUAAUGGCCAGAAUGACUGAAUGGGAGGAUCUAAAAGUUACCAUAGGCGGCCAGUACGAGAUAGACGAUGAGAAAAUCAUUAAAGCGAGAAUAUGCAGUACUGGUUAUAUGGGAAUAGUUUACCAAGUCGAUCUUAACGAGAAUAUUCAAUUUAUGACUCACGUUGGAUUUAACGUGAAGCACCUUGUUGAUGGAACCCAUACAUUUGGUGUGGCAUGUAAUUUAAGUUGUUAAUUGGAAACAUUUUCAAUUUUAAUAUUAAUUUACAAAUGCGAAAAAUGGUAUACAAAAACGUUAAGCUCUGGAUUAAUUUCUGGCUAAAUUUUCCUUGCCCCGUUCGUUCUUCUGCUGCUGGAGUUGUGCAUUUCGUAUUGCCAUUCCUUCCUUUACCCAAGGAUUCGUCAUGACUUCCACCAAGCUGAUGCGGCCUUCACAACGUAUGAGCUGAUUUAAAAAAUAUGUAUAAAACAUGUAUAGCAUUGUUUAGGGAUUAUUAUAGUUACAACUGUUUGUAAAAGUUUAUAUAUUGGCAUUGUUGUUGCCAAAAAUGUAA